AUGUUCUCGAAGAGACUUGUAGAAAUGCAUGGUGGUCAGGAAGCAGGGACACUUUCGAGGCCCAUUAUGGAUGGUAACGGCAGCACUGGCAAAGUGCACAGACACGGCAGGGUCUUUUCCACUAGAUCGCGGACAAAGUCCACGGUUUCCUUCAAAGGUCUGAGAAAAGUAUGGGGAGGACAAGAGGGUGUGGUCAGUCCUGAGUUGCGGCCGACCAAAAUCAAGUCCGCGGAGUCGCUGUCGAGGCGGAGAAACUUCAGCGGGUUGAAUAUGACUAGUCUUGGGAAAGUGAGGUCGAAUCCCGGGUCCAGCCACUCAGGGUUGGGUCCCCUGGGUUCUCCUGGACUGAAAUCAAGGAGAUCCAAAUCAACGCACACUGUUCUGACUAUGAGUGGCGGACCAGGUCGUGGUGCCGAACGAGUCUACGAUAAUCUGGACAGUUUUGUUGGAAUUGCCCCGGCGAGUGAUGAGGAAGAGGUGGAUUAUUUCACUGAUGACGAGAAUGUAGAUAAGGGUCAGCAAAAAGAUUUGCCUCACAAGCCAGAGUUUACUCUGGGGAAUCCCCAGGACAGUGACAGUGGUGAUGAUACUUUGGAAAGUUCUUCAAGAGAAUUGACGGCCCAAAGUCAGGACAAUGCACAGGGCGAGAUCAGAGAAGAUCCAAUACCUUCACCGCUAUCGGAGAAGAUAGGAGAGGAGAAAGCCGCAGAAGAGGAGGAAGCAGCAGAAGAGGAGGAAGCUAAAGAAGCAAGCGGGAAGAAGAGGGACGAUGCGGGGCUUACCGCGGACAAUAUUGCAAGAGAUGCGCAUAGGGACAGCGAUGAUAUGAUAGAAACAACCGAUAUAGAUCUCGAACCGACUUCGCUGGAACUGACAAGACAGGCAAGAAAAAGAAGGAACAGAGUUUCGAAUCAAAGCGGACCGCAGCUGGAGGACAAAAUUACCGGUAGUGAUGAUAUAGCGCCAGAUAAAGAUACCAUCGAAAACGAUGGUGCCAGUCCCGCGGCUCAUUUGAAACCGAUAACAGUCGAACCAAGCACUGCUGGUGUAGCGGACAAUCCUGAUGACGCUAGCACGGGUCUCACAGACCAGUACAUACCCAACAUGAUCUUAUCGCAAUCAACUGGGAUGGAGAGGAAGUUUGAACAUCCUUCUUCAAUUCAGAAUUCCUUGGUGAAUGAAAUACGGGGCGGUGACCCUACAGCUUUGCAUCCAGAUAACAUAAAAUACUCUCACGGUUUUAGAAACGAACGAGGGUUUGCAGGUGAUCCACAACAAACGGCGAAACGGGGUGGGUCCAGCAGGAGUGAUACUUCAAAUAACACGGCAACAAACUUUUCCCAGUCACACUCAAGUCUGGCUAACACUUUGCAAAAAUCCAACGCAGCUGCCUCCUUAGCCGCUGCUGCUACGUCAGGACCCCAGUCCACUGGGAACAAGCAUAACAACGUUGCUGAGAGCAAUCCGUCUUCUUACAUCAACAACUUCUUUUCCAGGAAGUUUUCCUCUAAACCAUCUAAACACGAUCAAGCAAAGGAUAGCGGGAAGUCGUCGCUGUUGUCUCAAUUGUCGAACUCAAACACAACUGCGCACAAGAACACGGGCAGCUUGAAUAACUUUGCACAGUUUCUUAAAUCUGACAAUGCUCAUGGUGACUCAAGAACGCAAAGGAAACUUUGGCUACAAAGAGAAAACUCUAUCAUGGACUUGAGUUCCCAGAACGAUAACAGCGUGGACUCAAUAUUUAUGGCAACUAACGUGGACGUCAAGAGGGAAUUUGAAAGGAUAUCACACGAAUACACGAACGCGCGCAGAUUUUACAACCCCGUCGAGGCUGCGUUGUCGCGGUACGAAGUGAACCACACGAACAUGAAACGGACAACGAACAACCCGGGGAAAACUGCAACGCAGGCUAACAUAAACACGAACAAGCACGUGAAGGAAGAGGUCGUCGACGCAUCUAAUCUGCCACAGAGUACCUCCUUGUUCGCACAAUACAGCACAAGCAGCAACUCUUCAGGGAAAGGUGGCCUAGUGAAUGCGAGCGGCAGGAUAGACGAGUUCCUACCACAGAAUCAAUCAUCAAAAUUGCAAAGAGUUCUGUCGUCCAUCUGGAAAGAGGAGUCGAUCAAUUUCGGUAACGAAGUCAACCCCUUGAGCAAAAACACUGCUCCGCACGCGGGGAAUCCAAGUUUACUACAGGAUUCAAUCAUGCAGAUGAAUACAAGCUUGUCCCACCAAUCCAUGAUGUCUGCAGCGCGACACUCAUUGAGACAUGCAAUGGGGUCCCAGACAAACCUGCACCAUCAGCAAAGAAUGAUCAACUCCCUACAGCCAACGACAAGAGCCGUCAACAGACGCAUGGAGGCCAUGAACCAACCGCACCAGCGGACAGGGUAG